GUAUACACUAUACAGUGACUCAGUGAGGGUAGAGUUAACGAAAAGAACACCCAAAACCCCAUUUUCAAGCUUAUAGAACACAAUUUGGCCUUCCCGCCCGUUAUCAGUUCACCGGCGACCAACGUCAACCGACGUCCGUUGGCAAAACACCAACCGCCGACCGACGAUCGGGCCUCAGAGUUUUGUACUCCAUUGACUGACUUACUGUCAUCAUCUUGUGCAACAAAAACAGCCUCAAGCAAAGUUUCAUUUAUUUGGGGUUGCCUUCGCGAAUGCAAUUUCUGGGGAAAUCCAAAGGUAGCUCGUGACUUGUGUGCUGCUUCCCUUCAUUGUUUGCUGCCUACCAUUUAUUCGUCAAAACUUCCAGAAGGUGCUAAUGUAGUUAAUGUAGAAAAUGCAUCAGAUCACAAGAUUGAAGAAAAUGAUCCCGCGUUUGGUUGCUAGCCGUGGAGGAACGCCCCAAACAAUCUUUCAUUCGUUAUUAGUUGAUGACCUGGGUAUUACCAGAAUACCAGUUUGUUCUCUUUCUUCCUCCUCUGCAUCUUCCGAUGAGACCGACAUGUUUGACCGGUUAAAUCAUAAGGACUGGUUAGCACCCAAUGAAGUUCUAAAAAUCUUCAGAAGGCUGAAAAAUCCAGAAUCAAUUAUUAGUGCCUUGGAAAGGAUCUCCAAGCGUAUGGACUAUAAGCCCAAUGAGGCUUUUUACACGUUGGUCAUUGAGAAGCUUUCCCAAGGAAAGAAGUUUGAUGCCAUUGAUGAUGUCUUGAAGAGGAUAAAAACUGAAAAGAAUUGCAGGCUCUCUGAUGGUUUCUUUUAUGGUGUAAUCAAAAUUUACGGCAACGUGGCUGGUAUUUUGAAUAAAGCGAUAGAGACCCUCUUCAGUAUGCCAGAGUUCAAUUGUUGGCCUGAGGUUAGGACUUUCAAUCUAGUGCUUAACAUGCUUGUCUCGGCCAAACAGUUCGAUGUGAUUCAUGAAGUGUAUUUAGGUGCUUCUCAAUUGGGCAUUGCUGUUGAUGCAUGCUGCCUUAACAUUCUCAUCAAAGGUUUGUGUGAAUGUGAUAAGUUGGACGCAGCCUUUGCCUUGCUUGAUGAGUUCCCCAAACAGGGCUUAAGGCCUAAUGUGAAGACAUACUCAACUUUGAUGCAUUAUCUAUGUGAACAUGGUAGAGUAGAUGAAGCAUUCAAGCUGAGUGAGAGAAUGGACAGAGAGGGUUGCCAUCCUGAUACGAUUACAUUCAAUAUACUGAUUCAGGGGCUUUGUAAGCAAGGGAGAGUGGACGAGGGUAAGGAACUUCUAGACAGAAUGAGACUUAAAGGAUGCUACCCUGAUUUGGGGUCCUAUCAACAGGUUUUGUAUGGCCUACUCAGUUCCGGGAAGUUUGUGGAGGCCAAGUGUUUCAUUGAAUGGAUGGUUUCCAAGGGUGUGUUUCCGAGUUUUCGGUCCUAUAAGUUGGUGCUUGAGGGGCUGCUUCAGGAAAACCUAUUGGAAGAUGUGGAUUCGAUUCUAAAGCAGAUGGUACAGCGAGGAUUUGUACCAAGGAUGGGAAUAUGGAAUAAGAUUCUUAAGAGCAUGUUUCAAGGGACAAACAGCUAUAGUUGCAUUUCUUACUCUGAAAUUAUUUAUGAGUAGGCUUACAACAAGAGGGUCUAUACUCUGGCAGGUUAAACCCUUUUCCAGCAAGUUUGGGCUCUUAACAGGCUUACCGAUGGUGAUGGAGGUUGGACUAGAGAAAGGAUUUUUAACAGUCUUUAAAGACUUAUCCUCGUGCAGUUGCAACUGGCUGCUGUUUUCUUUACUUUCUCCCUUGGGACAAAAUCCCACUAUUAAUCAAACAAUUCUUCAUGGGGGUGCUGAGUACAGGCCUACUGGUCAUAAAGCUGUAGUCUCCAUGCGAACUUCAGUGAAAACUAUAGAUUGUACUCACGCAGAAACUUAAUGAAAGGAUUUAAACUGCUGCUCCUGUUGAUUGUUUACAAUUUGUUCAAGUGGUCUUAUGUGAGCAGCAUGACAUGUAUUAAUUACGUUCUCUAUCUGGUUCAUGUUGAUGACCUGGCUGUUUGCACCAUUUCUGUUUAACCCAUCUGGAUUCAACUUGGAAGGACUGGAAUGAGUGUAUUAAUAAUCAAGGAGGUAUAGGAGUACACCAGGUAAACAGUGAACUGAUGAGGAAAUGGAGGUAGCUGAUUCCUCCCUCACUAAGGAGGCUGUUAGGCCUUGCUGAUACCCACCAUAUGAUGGAGCUAUUAAACUUAACUUUGAAGUAGUGAUCCAGGUCCGUCUGGCAUUGGUGGAGUAUUUAGAAAUGAGCAAAGAUAGUCAUGUGAUCUAUUCAGGCCCAAUCGGAGUAGGUGACCCAUUUCUGUUUAACCCAUCUGGAUUCAACUUGGAAGGGUUGUGGAAGACUGGAAGGACUGGAAUGAGUGGAUUAAUAAUCAAGGAGGUAUAGGAGUACACCAGGUAAACAGUGACCUGAUGAGGAAAUCGAGGGAGGUAGCUGAUUCGUCUCCCACUAAGGAGGCUAUUAGGCCUUGCUGAUACCCACCAUAUGAUGGAGCUAUUAAACUUAGACAGAAGUAGUGAUCCGGGUCCGUCUGGCAUUGGUGGAGUAUUUAGAAAUGAGCAAAGAGUAGUCAUGUGAUCUAUUCAGGCCCAAUCAGAGUAGGUGACUCAUUGAGGGCUGAAAUUCUAGCUGUAUUGGCAGUUCAAAAAGCAAAAGGAUUGAACAUUCGAAAAUUGUAAAUUGAAGAAGAUUCAAAGCUGGUGAUUAAUUGGCUCCGAAAGGAUGAGGAGGAUGGAUGGUGGUGCUACAUCUAUGAGAAAAGGAAGGUGAUGAGGUUAUUACAAGGGGUAGAGAUGACAUUCAAUUGGGUGAGAAGACUGAAGAGAAGCCAAUGCAUUUGCUGACACACUGGCUAAACAAGGGGUGGGAAGGAACAAUUUGUUUUGGACUAUGUUGUUACUUGAUACUUCCUUGGGGAGAGCUAAGAGAGUUUAUUUCUCCCCCUGGCUAAACAUGGUGUGUCUCUUUUCUUAGACAGUUAGACAGCAAGGGUUCCGUGCCUCUCCUUCUCCAGUGGGAUACCUGAAUGGGUUGGCUAUGACGGGGGUGUCUCUUUUCUCAGAUAGCAAGGGUUCUGUACCUCUCCCUCUCCAGCGGGAUACUUGAAUGGUUUGGCUACAAUGGGGGUUUCACAUUCUCAAGAUUUGAGGUCGCUCUAGGCUGUUUUCCUACUUGCCUUGGAUGUCUUUAUUUCACUUGGGGUUUUGUUUCUACCAUUGGAUUCUCCUCUUUAUUUUCUUCUACUAAGGGAGUUUGUUUUCAUGCUAGAAGUAUGUUUAUGCCCUUUCUCAGUGGAUUUUGAUGCAACUUUAUGUUACAACUUGUUUUAAUCGCUAGCCAUUUGUUGGUUAUGGCUGAGGACGCUCGACAAUUGCCAACAGGUUUCCUAUCACUUCACCUUUUUAUUAUAAGGGUCCUUCCAUUUUUCGAGUAACCCAUUUUCAGGUAAUCAUUCUCAGCUUUAAUUUUAAUUUUCAAAACUAAACAUUGCUAUUGAUCAAAUGCAUUAAACUUUAGUGUUUAUCAAAUUUUGACUUCUUACCUCAAUAUGAAAAUGCAAUGUCUUGGUUUUUUUUUAAAUGCUGAUCAAAAGAAAUCUCGAGGACCCAAAUUCCUUGAAGCAGGUAAUUACUUUUCUUUUGAAAAUCCUUGUACUUUCUAUUAAUUAUAAUCCCUUUGAAGUUAUAAACUAGAUAUUUAUGUGAAAUUAGGGCUCCAUUUUGAUUUAUGGUGCUAUAUUCAAUAAGGGAAUUUGUUUGUUUUCUCAUGCAACAUUUUUUGCAGAAAUUUGAAGAGUUCGGACUUGGAAUUGUGAUAUAAAGAAUUAGCUUACAUGAUCCCCUGUUGUUUCAUGCUGAAAUUCAUUUGAAGCAGUUGGCUUCCUACAUAUGCAACUCAUAAAUUAAAUGAGGGGAAGGAUAUUUCUAUGGCUUAUCAAUGGGGUAUAGAAAUUUGAGAUUAGUUGGGUACAAAUGGUCGUGGGGUUCCAGAUAUGCUGAAGCGUUUGCUAAUUAAGGAUAUUAUUUUAUUUUUUUGAUAGUUGAUUUAUUGUUGUAGUUUCCAAGGAUAUUAUUUUAGUCUUAUGAUUAUUGGUAUUGAAUUGGGAUCUGCCCUUCACAUAGCACUCCUCACACCGACUUCGUAGCCACAUCCCACCAUGUAUUGGGAACAUCUCCCAUUAAUAAUAACAUACAAGUACGGGAGAUGUUCCUAAUGUGCGACUGGUACAUGCUGUGAGAUCAGUGUGAGGAGCGAAUUGUGAGAAGCAGAUCCGGACUCAUUGGUAUUGUUCAUUAUCAUUAACAAAAAUUGGUUGAUAGUUAUUAUUACUGUUACUUAUUUUUCCAUUUUAUUUGUUUAUUCAUUUUCUACUUAAACCUCAACAGGUUUAUUUGAGAAUCGCUUAUGCCUACAUUGCCUUUUGUCCCUUGUAGGGAGCUCCAUUCAGUUAAUCAUCAAUGAGCAUCGAGCUGAAGGGAUGAGAGAACCAUCAUAUGGAUAACCGAACCCUACAGGUUUUUAGUGAAGAUGGAAAAUCAGUUGGGACAACCACAAGUCUGAUUCUAUGUCUUGGCCUUUAAUCACAAAUCAUUAGUCAUGGCGUUGAGAGACAAAGAUGUCCAUUGAAGAGCGAUUUUUGCUAUAGAAGACGAUUCAAAUAGCUCACCUCAAGUAUUAACAUGUUUCUGUAAAGAAUGAGAUUUUUCUUUUGUAAGAAGCAUAUUAACCUCUUUAAAUUCGUAUGGGUAGUGCUUAUUACACCAUUUCCAAAUUAAUUAAUUUCUUUUAAAAACA